AAGGCCUCCUUUGGUGGCUGGGUCCCUUUCGCUGGGUGCUCUACCGGUGUUUGGGGGGGCGUGGGGCGGGGGAGAACGGCCGGUCCCCCUCCCUUGCGAGGAGGAUGCUCUUGUCCUCGCGCGGGUGGGGGCGGCACCUCGGCGUGGUCUGGCUGCUCGCGUUCCUUGUGGCAGCAGAAACAGAUGAAACCUCUGACCUGCUGUCAAAAGAGUUAAGUGAAACUUCCCUACCAUUAAAUCAGGAAAGCAGUUCUGCCCAUUCAAGCAGCGAUGGACGUAGAGAAUCGGUACAGUACAGGACUGCAGAAAUUGCUGAUGCUAUGAUGAGUGGUAGCCUUCUUGCCGACCAUCAUGUCGUACUGUCAGUUAUUCCAAGUGACACAAAGGAGUCACAUCUCUCUGAAGCAGACACUGGUACUUGUGAUGCAGCAGCAGAUGGUGAAUGCAGUACGAAUAACAUGGCAUCUGUAUCUCAACAAGUGUCGCAUGCACAAGAGCCAGUAGUACAUCCACCAGUAGUGUUGGAAGCAGUGCAUCCUUCAUCAGCAGAGGACUCAAAUAACACAGAUGGUACGAAAACCCCAAAAGUGAACUGUGAAGAAAGAAACAUUACAGGAAUGACAAAUUUCACAUUACAGAUUUUGAAUAUUUCCCAAGAUUUAAUGGAAUUUUUAAAUCCAAAUGGCAGUGACUGCACCUUGGUCUUAUUUUAUACCCCUUGGUGUCGUUUUUCAGCCAAUUUGGCUCCUCAUUUUAAUUGUCUGCCACGAGUGUUCCCAACACUACAUUUCUUGGCCUUAGAUGCCUCCCAACAUAGCAGUUUAUCAACUCGAUUUGGAACUGUGGCUGUUCCUAACAUCCUCCUUUUUCAAGGUGCUAAGCCAAUGGCAAGAUUUAACCAUACAGAUCGAACUCUGGAAACACUGAAAGCAUUCAUUGUUAAUCAGACUGGAAUACAACCUAAGUCUGAUGUGGUGGUGAGCGUGGAAGACCAUGUUGGUCCCCUGCCUAGCACACUGAGUAAAGGAAUAGAUUGGCUCCUCUUAUUUUCUUUAUUGUUUCUUAUCAGUUUCAUCAUGUAUGCUACUAUUCGGACAGAGAGCAUCCGUUGGUUAAUACCUGGUCAAGAUCAGGAGCAUCAGGAGUAAUAUGUGAUUUGAGGACUAUCUGCUUUCAGAAUAAGUUGAUAAACUUGUGAAUUCUUCAUGUCUUGUGAACUGGAGUCCUGUUAUGUUUAUUGCAUAUUAAAAAUGGCACAAUAUCA